CAUUCAGCGGCGGUGGGCGAAGCGAUUGGACUGCGAGUGUUUCCCCAGCGCUUUCGGUGGAAUUUGAAUUAUCUUUGCACGGCUCGGGAGACAUACGUGACGGUAUCCGCCAGACAUCGCCCGGGUCGACGCGCUGGUCACAGGGGGCUCAGCCAUGAACAAGCUGCGGCAGAGUUUCCGGCGGAAGAAAGACGUGUAUGUGCCAGAGUCCAGUCGGCCGCACCAGUGGCAGACCGACGAGGAGGCGGUCCGAACCGGCAAAUGCAGCUUCGCCGUCAAGUACCUGGGCCAUGUGGAGGUGGAGGAGUCACGGGGCAUGCACAUCUGCGAGGAAGCCGUAAAGCGCCUGAAGACGGACAGGAAGUUCUUCAAAGGAUUCUUUACAAAAGCAGGGAAGAAGGCGGUCCGGGCGGUGUUGUGGGUGUCGGCAGAUGGCCUCCGUGUCGUGGACGACAAAACCAAGGACCUGAUUUUGGACCAGACGAUAGAGAAGGUGUCUUUCUGCGCUCCGGACCGGAACUUUGAGCGGGCGUUCUCGUAUAUCUGUAGGGACGGCACCACACGGCGCUGGAUCUGCCACUGUUUCAUGGCCAUCAAGGACUCGGGGGAGCGUCUCAGCCACGCAGUCGGCUGCGCAUUUGCUGCCUGCCUUGAGCGCAAGCAGAAGCGGGAGAAAGAGUGCGGGGUCACAGCCACCUUUGAUGCCAACAGAACCACCUUCACUCGCGAGGGUUCAUUCCGCGUCACCACAGCGACAGAGGCGGCCGAGCGGGAGGAGGUCAUGAGGCAACUACAGGACGCCAAGAACGCAGAGACUGAUGUGAAGGUAGCGGUUCCUGUGAGCUUGGCCGCAUGUGCAACCAAUUCGACGGCACCCCAGGCAGGAGGGUCCCCAUCCCCGUCGUCCUCCCCACCGCUCUCGUCGUCCACCUUGGGGCCCCAGGCCAUACCCCGCAGACACGCCCCUGCCGAGGCACUCGCUAGACAGGGCUCCUUCAGAGGCUUCCCGGCCCUCAGUCAGAAGACCUCCCCAUUUAAACGCCAGCUUUCUCUGCGCAUGAACGAGCUACCCUCCACCAUGCAGCGCAAGUCGGACUUCCCCAUCAAAAACACAGUCCCAGAGGUAGAAGGAGAGGGAGACAGCAUCAGCUCGCUGUGCACCCAGAUCACCACAGCCUUCAGUGGGGCCCCAGAGGACCCCUUCUCCUCAGCCCCCAUGGCCAAACCAGCCUCUUCCCCACAGUCUCCUGUAGCACCAGGAAGUGACUGGUCAUCCCCAACACCGGUGAUAGUAGUCCCGCCUACGUCCUCCCCAGCCAUGCCCUCCCACAAACGCACACCGUCGGAGGCUGAUCGCUGGUUGGAGGAGGUGUCCAAAUCUGUCCGAGCCCAUCAACCCAGCCCCAUCAUGGCAGCCGUGGCCACACCCCCGGGCCCGCAGUUCACCGCCCCCAUGCCUAUGCCUGUGGCAUCCGUACCCCCGCUGGCCUUCAUGCCGUCACUGCCCUCCGCAGUGCCCAUUCUGCCCCCCCGCCAGCCCACCUACCACACCCAGGCCCCCGCCUCCUUCCCCAUGUCCAACGGGCUACCUUUCUCACAGCCCAGUGUGCCUGUGGUGGGCAUCACCCCUUCGCAGAUGGUGGCCAAUGUGUUUGGCUCAGCCGCUCAGCCCCAGCCAUUCUCUGCCCCACCCGCCGCAAUACCCCAGUACGAUGCGCACGCCACCGGCACCGCCAGCCCUUUCAGCAAACCCCCCCAGCCGGCCGCCGCCCACCCUGCCCCACUCCAGCCGUCUAAUGGCAGCAUAGCCUUCAACGGGUCGGACAGUUGGGCCAUCCCCUCCCAGCCUGCUCCCACCUCCCCUGCACCCCAGCUGCCCUCCCAGCAGCAGGCGGAUGCCUUCGAGGCCCAGUGGGCAGCCCUGGAGAGCCGCUCCCGCCAGCGCACCUCCCCCUCCCCCACGAAUCCCUUCUCCAGCGAGCUGCACAAGACCUUUGAGAUCCAGCUCUGAAAGACAGACCGUAUUUGGGAGUAAUUUAUAGAAGAGAAAAGACUGGAAACUACAGAGACCUUUUCAUUGUUUUUAAGCGGGCUGGAAAUAGGCUGGAUAGGAGAGGGGCAACGUUCCCAUGUCCCUUCCCCUCCUCCUUGUGUCGGUGACCAAGCUGGGCCCCAGGGGUGGAGAGGACCUGCAAAGAUGUUUGAGGGCAAUGAGCGACCCGACAUGGCGGGUCAGAGCUCUGGACCGCAGUGGAAAAACCAGUUGCCGUUUCACACCGGGCAUUUCAUGAGCAUUUCCUGUCAUGCGGCGUGGCCCUCGUCACCCUGCGGAGCAGCAGGCACGGCUGAGCCUUACGCAGCCCCGUUUUCCGCCCCGCCAUCCCUCGAAAGAAAACCAAGAAAUCUGAUUCAAGUGUUACAACGCCUGUGCCCUGCUCAACUAGUCACCCCCCUGCCCCCCCCCCCAGCUCCCAGCAUCGCCUGUUAGCAAGAGAUCUGACUCCUCCCUCCUCCAGGGCAGAAGGACCGCAGCACUGAGAGAACUGAGCUUCCUGACAACAGUUUCUCAUUUAUAACUUCACAAUCAGAAGAAUAAAGUGAGAGAAUGCCAAAAUCUUUAUUUUUAUGCAUUAAGUAUAUUUUAAAUAGCUUUGAAAUCUAACAGAAGAGUUGUAAGUAAUCUUGCCAAAGGCACAGGCUAGCUACAAUGAAAUGAGUGGAUGUGCUUGUAUACAAGAAAUGACCUUAUAUAUUAUACAUAUAUAUAUAUAUAUACAUAUAUAUAUAUAUAAAGAAUCUAUACUGUACACUCAGUUCACGGCAGUGCUAAGUUUUAAUGUGAUAUAGAGUUUGCGUGAAGGGACAGCUGCUUUACUUUUGUGUUUUUGUUUUUUUGUUUUUUUUUUUGUUUUGAAGAUGACUCUUUUAUUGCCGUCUAUUGCAUCCUGUGAUCGGAUGUGCAGCAUCUCACUGUAAAUAGGGUGUCAUUGCAGCAACAAUCAGUGUGGACCCAGCAGCAGCGUCGGUGGUGGUGGUGGUGGUGGUGGUGGGAGUGGGUGGUGGCAGCCAACUGGUCCCCUCUCCUACCAGUCAGCAGCAUCACUUUAAACUGUCCGUUUUUGGUAGUUAAGUACUCGUAAGUGCUUGACGUUUCACUUCCUCUGUCUCCAUUUUCAUUCUUUUAUCUUUUUUUUUUCUUUUAAGGUAGCUUUUAUUUUGUAUUUUAACACAACGGGUAGCGUCAUCCCCCGUUACUCCACCUCUGGUUUUAUUAUUUUAAAACUUUUUUUUUUUAAAGUAGCGUAUUUCUAAAUUUUUAUUUUGCACAAGCACUAAAAUAGAUGAUUUGACCUCACAGGGUGACUAUGAUCAACAGUUGAUGGUUGGUGAUAUGGGUUAGUCCAGCCUGGUGCUGCAGCAACACGGAGCGCGUGGCCGAGGCGGGGAGACAGGCGUCCUGCCCUGAGCUCCAGCCUCCCGGGGCUCCUGACGGCCUGGGCUCUGCUGUUCCUGCUCGCAGCUCGAAAAGGAUGGGCGAGAGUUCAAUCAGUUUCGUCUUCUCGUCUGAUUUCUCUGUUAAUACUUUUAUUUUUUAAACCUAAUCAAACCUGUGAAUAUGAUCUAUUGUCUGAUCUAUUUUUGUUUUCAUUUUGUAAUUAUUUCACUUUAUUCCACUUCUUUCCAGAAAUACUGAAGCUAAAAGAUUGAAUAAAUUGAUGGUGGUAG